GUGUAAGACCUAGCUAGCAGCUCUCAACUCAAGUACUUCUUUUAACACGUCACAACCCAUUCAUUCGAUUUCCCCUUUCUAAUGUAAAUUUCUUUUGUUGCAGCAAUUCAUUCAUAAUCGUCUUGAAGAAUCUUCGUAGCUUUCUCCCCUAACAGUUAAGUUGAUGGCUUCAUCAAGUGACUCGUUUAGAAGUCUUAAUGAAAAAUUUAAUGAUUUGAUGAGUAGUUACGGCUGUAAAGAUGGUGUAUUAACCAUCUUGGAAGAAAUGUUAGAGAUGUUAAAUAGAGAGGAUGACAUAAUUAACAUGGAAUCGAUCAUCGAUAUUCCAUUGUUAUUAACUAAUCUCCACGCAGCAUUAAAUAAUUUCGAACAAUUUCGAGUUAUUUACGCACCCGAUGAGCUAGAUUUUGAGCCGGAUUCUGAGACUGCUCUGCCGCACUUCUGCUUUAUACCAGCUGAGGGAGAGACAAGUCUCCAAAGAUACACGAAAGAAGGCGAAACACACCAGCAUGAUCCUUUUGAUACUUUUGGUGACAUUCAAAAAUACAUCUGGCCAGAGGUUUUCACCCUGGGAACAUAUCCCACUGGCAUUCAAACUUUUUCUAUAUUCACUGUAGAAGAAUUUGAGGCUAUCUUGUGUGGUGAAGGACAAAAUAGUUGGAGUUUGGAGGAGCUUAGAGAGCAUAUUAACAUCACUGAUGGAUAUACGGCAGAAAGUGUUCCUAUUGUGAAUUUGCUUGAAAUCCUUCAGGGGUUCGACCGGGAACAGCGAAGGGGAUUUCUACAGUUUGUUACCGGUACACCAAGGCUUCCUUCUGGAGGAUUAGCAUCCUUAAAUCCCAAAUUAAGAGUUGUAAAGAUUUACGAUGAGAAAUGUUUGCCUAGCGCGGCUACUUGUUAUAACCAACUUACGCUACCUCCUUACCUUUCAAAAGACACGAUGAAAGAAAAGCUUUUGUAUGCCAUAACAGAGGGACAAGAAUCUUUUGACUAUAUAUAAGUUCCCUAGAUAAGGUCUCUAGGUUUUUCAUGCACGGUUUGUUAUACCUUAGUGACCAAGAUUUUUCAUGCACUGUUUGUUUGGAUACCUUUGUUUGGGUACCUUGUGAUAUAUUUGCUGUUUUUCCAUCCGAGAUUUUUCAUUAGUAUAAUAUUUUUGAUGAAAUUUCAUGUUAUUGUUAGAAAUUCCUUUACCCUCGGAAAAGAACCGCACUGUCAUUGAUUGUUAUGUGAUGGUUUUCUGUUUAGCAGAGAAGGUUGUCUCGUGGCAUCGUUUCUUAAUCUUGGCUGGCUGUUUUGUAACAGGAACAUUGUCUGAUUAAUUUUGUUGAGAAGGUUUGUCGCUUUGGUUGUACCUCAAAAUCCAUGUCCAUAUUGUAAGGGCGUGAAGUUAAUGAUUUUUUCAUUUUCUUCGCUUAUCCUUAUGGUGGCAUGGACCGAGGUCCUAAGGUGUUUAAACUUUCUCUUCCAUCUCUGUUCCUCGCUUUGCAAUCAUGCUGUGUUUGGUUAAGUUCAAAAGUAGCAAAUUUGCUAUGUGGUCGUAUGUUAAGUGUAUUGGAAUGUUCAUUCUGUUCAUAUCAUUUGUCUGCGAGCACUUGUUUAAUUCUCUGUUGAUUGGAGAUCAACUUUAAGGGUGCCUUUUAAUUGUUAGGGGUUAAGUGAUGCAAGUUUUGGUUUGAAUUGUGCAAGUAUCCUUUGGCUUCCUUUGCUUUUUACCCUACGGCUGUUUUGUCUCGGUACAGGAGCUUUAGUUUUUUAGCUUUUGUUGUGCUAUUGUUAAUGUGCUAAAUAACAGGAUAGGUUGUUUACUUUAUGUUGUACUCUUUAUGUACUCAUCUCUUGGAUGGCACAUCUUG